AUGAAUCAGCUCAAAAGAAAGCGUGUCUUAUGGAAGCAGCAGAUGCUUGAAUCUCUAAAGGCUUGCCGACAAAAGCUUGAUGAGUACUACUCUCAAACUGACCGUAUCCGAGGACAUAUCUAUGCAAUUGGUACAAUGCUUGCGCCUGAUAGCCGAUUCCAAUUCUUUCUCUCCGAAGAGCGCCUCUCAAGCGGUCAAGAUUCCCAAAACCUUCAAGCACAAACCAAACCGAGUUCAUGGCUGAAUAAAAUGCUAAAUGGGAAUAAGAUAUCAGAAAAGCCAGUUGGAGAUGAGGUAACUCAGUAUCUUGAUAGCGAUCUGGUUGAUACCGAACCCCUUCAAUUUUGGCGAGAUAAUCAAUCACGUUUCCCUGCGAUCGCAUUACUUGCCCGAGAUAUUCUCUCUAUCCCAGCAACUGGCGCUGGGGUUGAACGGCUCUUCAAUACUGCUCGAAAUGUAUAUCAUUAUCGGCGUAGUCGGUUGAAGUCCGAAACAGUUAAGGAAAUUAUGCUAUUCCUCUGUGUAACAAGAUUUGACCUAAAGGAUACUGAGGCAAAGCAGCUUGAACAGUUGUUUACAUUAGAGGAGAUUGAACUAGUAAGGGAGCAGAAUCAUGAGAAUUUGGAAGAGAUUGAGAUUGAGAUUGAGAUUGAUAUAAUUAGUGAUGAGGAGGAGGAGGAGGUAGAAGAAGUGUCUCCUGGUCUGAUUAAUAUGGACAGUGAGCCACAACUACCAGAGACUACAACUCAGCUGCGGGUGUCUAGAAGAAAGCGUAAAAGCAGAGCAGAUGAUGAUUUUGAGCAAUAUUGGAUGAAUAUUAUAAAAUUUGAAUAA